CCACGGGGCGAGGGACGUGUCGGUACCGGACACGGCGCCGUGGAGGACCGGGCCUUCGGAGGAUGGAGACCAGCACGACCCGGGCGCCGCAGGCGGGGCGCCCUUACGCUGGGCAGUACGCGCUGCUCUCGGGCUCGGGGGGGGGGGGGGACGGAGGCCAUCAGGCCCGGGCGCGGGUGAGCGACGCGGCGCGACUCCAGGCUGGCACACCUGCGGGAUCCAGGUGCGCUUGUACAGCCAGGAGGGCCCGGCGCGCCGGAGUUGGGGAGCGUCGUGGGCGGCCCGACAACCCCUCGCGGACGUGCGGGCGGGGGCAGCUCCGGCCCCCGGCUCCUCCCACCUCCUGGACCUCCGCAGGGCCCGCAGGGCCCGCCCCGCCGCUUUGAUGGAGGUGCAAACAUUUGGGGGAGGGCGGAGGUGUAGGGGCUGGGCCGGGGCGCGUAGGUCGGAUCUCCGACUUAACAUGAAACAGGCGCGCGGGAGUCCAUUGUUGGCCCGGGGCCUCCCCAGCGGGCCCGGCCCGGUCUGAUAUGGCCGCGCGCGGCCAAUGGGCAGCGGUCCCCGCACUUCAAAGGGAGCGCGGCCCAAUCCGUCGCGCCCCCACUCCGCGGCCGCCGCGGCUGUAUUUAUGGAGAGGGGACCGAUUUUCUGUCCCCAGAGACCGACUCUAGUCUCGCCUUGAGGGAGUUCAAGGGGAAUAGCCUCCCCCCCACCCCUCCCCCCGCCCCCUCCCCCCCAGAUCUCCGUUGUCUCCCUUCCCCCCGGGUCUGUGCUGGGACCCGGGUGCCGCUGCGGCCGGUCUGGGCCGGAGCCGCCUCCCUUCUCCGGAGAGCGGCCGCCACCUGGGGUGAAGGUGGCUCUCGGAUAGAGAGUCGGCCUUGGGGGUGGCGGGGCGGGCGGGAGGAUGAGCUCCCCCGGCGCCGAGGGCGCUGCGAAGAGCCUGCAGUACCGCGUGGACCACCUGCUGAGCGCCGUGGAAAGCGAGCUGCAGGCGGGCAGCGAGAAGGGCGACCCCACGGAGCGCGAGCUGCGCGUGGGCCUGGAGGAGAGCGAGCUGUGGCUGCGCUUCAAGGAGCUCACCAACGAGAUGAUCGUCACCAAGAACGGCAGGAGGAUGUUCCCGGUGCUCAAGGUGAGCGUGUCCGGGCUGGACCCCAACGCCAUGUACUCCCUGCUGCUGGACUUCGUGGCGGCCGACGGCCACCGCUGGAAGUACGUCAACGGGGAGUGGGUGCCGGGGGGCAAGCCCGAGCCGCAGGCGCCCAGCUGCGUCUACAUCCACCCCGACUCGCCCAACUUCGGGGCGCACUGGAUGAAGGCGCCCGUCUCCUUCAGCAAAGUCAAGCUCACCAACAAGCUCAACGGCGGGGGGCAGAUCAUGCUGAACUCCUUGCACAAGUACGAGCCCCGGAUCCACAUCGUGAGGGUGGGGGGCCCGCAGCGCAUGAUCACCAGCCACUGCUUCCCCGAGACCCAGUUCAUCGCCGUGACGGCCUACCAGAACGAGGAGAUCACAGCCCUUAAAAUCAAGUACAACCCGUUCGCGAAGGCAUUUCUCGACGCGAAGGAAAGAAGCGAUCACAAAGACACGGUGGAGGACCCUGGAGACGGCCAGCAGUCCGGGUACCCCCAAUCAGGGGGGUGGCUCCUGCCCGGGACCGGCGCGCUGUGCCCCCCGGCCGCCCCCCACCCUCAGUUCGGAGGCGCCCUGCCGCUCCCCUCCACGCACGGCUGCGAGCGGUACCCCGCCCUGAGGAGCCACCGCCCGUCCCCCUACCCCAGCCCUUACGCGCAUCGGAACAGUUCUCCAACCUGUUCCGACACCUCCCCCGCGUGCCUGCCCAUGCUGCAACCCCACGACAGCUGGCCCAGCCUGGGGGUGCCCGCCCAUGCCGGCAUGCUUCCCGUGACCGCCGGCGCCGGCCCCGCCGCGGGCUCCAGCCAGUACCCCAGCCUGUGGUCCGUGAGCAACGGCACCGCCGCGCCGGGCGCACAGUCAGCGGGAAUGUCCCCCGGGCUGGCGCCCCAGUUCUUCCGAGGGCCCUCCGCGCACCCUGCGCCCCUGGCCCACCCGGGCUCGGCCUCCGCCUCCUCAGGAUCCCCGCUGUACGAGGGGGCCCCCGCGGCCCCCGACGUCCCCGACAGCCAGUACGACGCCUCGGCGCAGGCCUGCCUCGUAGCUUCCUGGACACCCGUGUCGCCGCCUUCCAUGUGAUCUCGCCGCGCCUUAAAGACGCAGUGACUUCGGUGCGGCAACCAGCGCUGAUUCCAUUGAUCUGCUACCAGGUGCAGAGUGGCAGUCUCGAGGGUCGGGGGAAGGAAACGGCCCUCUCUACCACCUGCAACCGAGAGGACGCAUGCGCGCUGUGCUAUUGCUCAGGCGGCCCCGCCCCCUGCGCCCCACGUGGGCCGCGCGGGGUCACCGCGGCGCGUUCCUGCAGUUGGUGGGGUCCCCGGCGUUUCACGGUAAGGCGGACCGCGGGGCGCCAGGGAAGUUCCGUUUCCCUGUGCGGCCCACAGGCGACUCGGGCACAUCAGAACUGUCAACUCCACGG